UUUUUCCUUUCUCCUUGGCCUUUCUUCCUCAGCUCAGUUCAGCUGAUAGUCAGUGUCAUACAUUUCCUCGUCUCUCGAUCACUCUGCCGAGCCUGCGGAUAUGAUGGCGCUGAGGCUGAGAAGAUGUGUUUUCUCCUCUCCUUCCGUUGCUUCAGCGGGUCUUCCUAGUCUUAAACGGCUUCUUCUUCUUCUUCUUCAACAGCCCGUAAGCUGCCCUCUCUUCCUUUGCGAACCUAAUCUUCCCCUUUCGUCCCCCUGCUGUAGAAAUUUCUGCACCAAAACUGCAAUUUCUGAUGCGAAGAAGGCUGAGUUAUUCUUGGAUGAAGUGAGGUACAGAUGCAAGAACGGUGGAUUUAGAAACCUCGACGAAACUUUGUCUUGUUUUGAAGGGAUGAUCAGAAUCCGGCCCUUGCCUUCACCAGCUGAUUUCAGCCUGCUGUUUGGGGUCAUUGGCAGGAUGGGGCAUCACGCUGCCGCUAUUGGUCUAAUCAAAACGGUGAAUGUUGCCGGUGUUAACUAUGACCUCCAUAGUUUCAGUAUUUGGAUGAACUGCCUAUGUCGAUCGAAAAGGGUGGAUCUUGGAUUUGCUGUUAUGGGCAGAAUGCUCAAACUCGGCUUUAAACCAGACGUGGUGACCUUGACCACUCUGGUCAAUGGACUAUGCAUUGUGGGAAAACUUUCCAGAGCUGUGGAGUUAGUCGAUGUUAUGGAGGAGAGAGGGUUCGAGCCCAAUGCAGUCACGUAUGGAGCGAUAAUUAAGGGCUUAGUUAGGACAGGCAAGACGUCUCUGGCCCUCGGAUUGCUCGAGAAGUGGGAGGGCAGAAGAAGCUGCAGGGUGAGUGUUGUUACAUACAGCACUGUACUCGAGGGUCUAUGCAAGGAAGGAAGGUUGAUGGAGGCUUUGAAGCUCUUCCACAGGAUGAUUGAUCAGGGUGUUCAACCCAAUGUCGUCACAUAUACCACCUUGAUUCAUGCUAGGUGCUUAGAAAGACAAUGGGAAGAGGUUGAGUUGCUCUUAAACGAAAUGACUCAAAGGGGCAUCACCCCAGAUGUUCGAACCUUCAACACGAUACUAGAUGCAUUUUGUAAGGAUGGGAUGCUUUUUGAAGCGGAGUCCAUUCUUGAUACUAUGAUUCGAAGAUAUAUUGAGCCUACGAUUGUCACGUACAAUUCUCUGAUUGCUGGAUACUCUCUCCAGAAUAGAAUGGAUGAUGCUGAGAAUAUAUUUCGUUUGAUGGGGGAAAGGGGUUGCUCCCCCGAUGUUUUUACUUAUAACACACUGGUAGAUGGAUGUUGUAAGGGGAAAAGAUUGGACGAGGCAGUGAUUGUGUAUCGUGAAAUGCUUCACAAGGGUUUGGUUCCAAAUGUCGUGACAUAUAACAUUCUUAUUGGCGGCUUCUGUCAUAUCGAUAACUUCCGUGCUGCUGAGGAGCUUUUCAAGGAGAUGCAAGAUGCUGGUCAUCAUCCAAACCUUCAAACGUAUGCUAUCCUCUUGGAUGGAUAUUGUAAACACGAUCACCUCAAUAAAGCAUUGGCAUUGUUCCGACAAAUGGAAGAGCAAGGGGUCAGUCCCAACAUUGUAAUCUAUAAUAUCCUCCUACACGGCAUGUGCAAUAACGAGAAACUCGAAGAUGCCAAGAGAUGCUUUAGAACCUUGCUUGGGAAAGGGUGUCAGCCAGACGUGGUGACGUUUAGCACUCUCAUAAAUGGAUUAUGUAAGGAAGGCCAUGUAUACGAGGCCCAUACGUUGCUCCAAGAAAUGGGAGAGAGCGGAUGUUCUCCGGAUUCUGCCACUUUUAACAUUCUAAUUAGGGCUUCUCUUAAGAACAAUGAAGAGUUAGUUGCUCUAGAGCUUAUCCGAAAAAUGCGUGAUAGUGGCUUUGCUGUAGAUUUGUCGACAAUGGAAUUGCUCUUAGACGAUAGAUUAGAUCCGAACAUUCUAGAAUGCAUUAAAGAGCUUCUUCCAUAAACUCCUUCUCUACUUUAUUGGUUUUUGCGGAAACCAAUGGGAUUUUUUGUUAUAUUUACUUAAUUAUAUUAUUAAUAUCUAUUGGAAAGCAUGAGACUGGCUUGUCACAUUUUCUUGUUUGUUGAUAAAAAGUACUAAGAUAGUUCUUUUAGAGGUGUUAUGUA